UAUUACACACCCUCAUUUCUCUCUCUAUCAAAAGUCAGCGCCUUCAUUUGUCUUCAUAUUCUUCUCUACAUGGAUGCCGAUUGGGACCUUCAGGCGGUGGUCAGAGGCUGUUGCUCCGCCGUAUCUUCCUCCUACGCCACCACAACAACCACCGCCACCGCUCCACCUCCGCCUCUUGAUGCUUAUAGUCACCAGAACUCAUCUUCUUAUGAACAAAACUGCACAAGUUUUUUCCCAGAUCUAUGUCAACCAAGAAGUGACAACAGUAUUGAACAGUUUUUGAAUAAUCUUUUUCACCCCCUGCACUUUCCAAAUCUACAGAACCCUCCUUCUUCUCCUCAAAGUAUCCCAGUUUCACCCCUUUCUGUCAUUGGAGGACUUCAAGAUCCACCAUAUUACCAGAAACAGCAACAACAACAGCAAUAUGAGAGACCCUUUAUGGGAAAGCAGCAACCUUUAGGCAUUAAUAGAUGUACAACUACUCAUGCACAGAGUACAACAAAGUUCAAGAAAAGAAAAAAUCAGAAUAAAAGGAUUUGCCAAGUGCCAGCUGAAGCAUCAUCUUCUGAUUUGUGGUCCUGGAGAAAAUAUGGUCAAAAACCCAUCAAAGGCUCUCCAUACCCAAGGGGAUAUUAUAAAUGUAGCACUUCAAAGGGUUGUUUGGCCCGAAAACAAGUGGAGCGGAACAAAUCGGAUCCGGGUAUGUUAAUCAUCACAUACACCGGCGAACACAACCACCCUGUGCCGACUUACCGGAACUCUUUAUCCGGUAGCUCCCGGAACAAAACCACCACCACCACCUCCGGCGACGACGACACUGUGAACAACUUAUCUCCGGCAAAGGAAAAGUUAGAAGAAUUUGACACCGACGAUGAUAUUGAUACCAACUUCGAUUUCUCCGACGUUGUCAUUCACGGAGACAUUUCCUCCGACCACCACACGGCGUCAAACACAUCUCCGUCAUUUCCGUGGUUGUCAAAUAACGUGGCCACCACAACAACCGCCGCUGCCGGCGGGUGUUGACUUUUUAAUAUUUUUUGUAAUUGUUUUAUUUAUUUGUUGCUGACGUCAUCAUGAUGAGAUUAUACGCGUUUGUACACGCUGACUUUUUAAUUUUUAUACUUGGUGUUUCCAGAGUGAAAAUUUAUAAAUCCAGAGUUAACAUGCUUUAGUGAAUUGUACUCUAUUCUUCUGAAGUUGUGUUUACUUUUGGAUUUGAUACGUUUGGCAUUGGAAUGAGGGGAUCUUUCUUUUUGUUCUUUA